UCAAUCAACAGCAUAUGCUCUUUUAUCAUUUCUCACAAAAGCUUCAUAUUAAAACAAACAAAGCUCUAAAAAAAAAACCCUGUGGGAUGAUGAGCCGUGUGGGACUUCCGGUAAUAAAUUUGAGCGGUGACGAUCUGAGACCGGGCGGCGAGCGUUGGAAAACGACGGGGAAGAAAGUCCGAGAAGCGGUGGAAGAGUACGGGUGUUUCAUGGCGGAAUACAACGGGGUUUCGCCGGAGCUCCGGGAGCAGGUUUUCAAGGCAUUGGAACAACUGUUUGAUCUUCCAGUUGAGAGGAAGAUGAAGAACAAGUACGAGAAGCCCUUCAAUGGCUACGUUGGCCAGCUUCGUACUCUCCCUCUCCAUGAAAGCUUGGGCAUUGAUGAUGCCACAACCUUCCAUGGAGUUCAUAGCUUCACUAAUCUCAUGUGGCCCUCUGGAAAUCACCAUUUUAGUGCAACUUUGCAUUCAUUUGCAAAGAUAGCAGAAGCAUUAGACAAAAUGGUGACCAAAAUGAUAUUUGAAAGCUAUGGAGUGGAGAAGUACUACGAUUCUCAUGCUUCUUCCAUUACUUACCUUCUUCGAGUGUUGAAAAACAAAGCUCCUCAAUCUGAAAACCCUAGUUUGUGCCUUGUGGAUCACACUGAUAAGAGCUUCACCACCAUGCUUUAUCAAGAUCAUAUCAAUGGUUUGGAGGUCAAAACUAAAGAUGGGCAGUGGAUUAAAGUCGAGAUAUCCUCACCUUCAAACUUCAUCGUCAUUGCGGGCGAUGCGUUCAAGGCUUGGAGCAAUGGCAGGAUAGAAUCACCAACUCAUAAAGUGAUGACAAGAGGGAAUGAAGACAGGUACUCUGUUGGAAUGUUUGGAUUCAGCAAUGGAACUGUGGAAGUGCCAAAAGAGCUGGUUGAUCAAAACCAUCCAUUGAAAUAUAAGCCUUUUAACCACAUUGGAUUGCUUCGAUUCUUCCAAUCUCAAGAAGGUUUCAACUCCAAAUCUCCCCUCAAAGAUUACUGUGCUCUCUAAAACCAAAUCCAUGUAUAUAUUUUCAAGCUUUCCAUUGCUGUUUCUGUGAACUUUUUUGUUGUUUGUUCUAAUUUCUAUGCUUUUGUUUAACAACUUGUCGUCAAUCAGAACAACUCUAAUAAACUUUAGUGUGUGUUCUUUUUCC